CAGUCUGCCCUCAGUCUCUACGGACGCUGCUCUGUCUGGAUAUCUCCGCCCGCACGUCUCUCGUCCUUCUCCUCUCUGGAUUAUACUCAUCUGAUGCUUUUUAACUCCAACUCGAUGCAUAGAAAUGGGUAAACUGCACUCAAAACAUGCCGCUAUUUGUAAACCGAGGGAGAGUCCAGAAGGCGACAGUUUUGUAGUCAAUGCUUGCUUGGCGAGGAAGGGGAUCGACGACUGGCUCGUCAAGCAGAAAUACUACUGCACGGGCUCGCGCCUGGAGCAACAGGACUGUCACCACAAGAAUAACUGCGGCUUGACUGCACGGGACUCUAUGGAUGACACAUGUGCUCAGGGGAUUGGAGCAGAGCAUUAUCGCCUGGAAGUGGCUUUACCCCCGGAGAAGACAGACAGCUGCUGUGUGGAGGAGAAGAUGCAGGAGAGGGACAGCCAAUCCCCCGCAGGGCCGCAGAAGCAGCUCCAGUUUGAAGAGCUGGAGUGCGCCGUGUCCGUGGAGGAGGACAACCGACAGGAGUGGACCUUCACCCUCUACGACUUUGACAACAGUGGAAAAGUCACCAGAGAGGACAUCACCAGCCUGCUCCACACCAUCUACGAGGUUGUGGACGCCUCCGUCAACCACUCGCCCGGCAGCAGCAAGACGCUGCGGGUCAAGCUCUCCGUGGCGCCCGACUCCAGCCAGCGGUGGAGGAGCUGCACGCAGGGCGCGGCAGACUUGCCCCACCCCAGGGAGAAAAAUGACAAGUGCAUCGAAGACCUCAAGACUGCAGACAAGAAGUCUCGAGCACUCCUAAGGCGCCACCACAGCGACCACCACACCCAGCCUGGCUGCCAGCGCCACUGUGUGGAUGAGAACCUGGAACGCAGGAACCACUACUUGGACCUGGCAGGGAUCGAGAACUACAGUUCCCGUUUCGGAGCCGCGACGACAGCCGAGCCGGCUAAAGCGGAGCCUCAGACGCGCUCGUCCAACCAGACACGUUCUCGCUCCCAUGAGCCGGAAAACGGCCACUCCCAUUCCCACCACCGCCGCCUGCAGCCUGCUGCGGAUGCCGGCGCCACCGACGGCCCCCACCCGGUCCGGCUACGAGGUCAAGACUCAGGGAAACACGGCCUGCGCUCGCCCAAGAACCACAGCCGCACGCCUCCGGCGCAGAUCAGCAGCAGCAGGGUGAUGAGGAGUCGGGGUGCCCCCCCUCCUCCCGCCCUUCCCAGCCAGACCCCGCCCCAUCAGUCCGCGGCGCCCUACCGCAAACACAAGCAGCGCUCCAAGGAGAGCCAGGGCUACCGGGCCUUGGGCUCCCUGGCCGCCGCAGGACCCGUGGUGGAGAAGGAGCAGGUGAGGGACCUGCCGAGCGUGCUGCUCUACGAGGGGGGGCUGGCGCAGGUGGUGCAGCGGCACGAGCACCACCACCACCACGAACACCAUCACCACUACCACCACUUCUACCAGUCCUGAAUGUCCACCCUGCCUGGGACAGCCCGGCACUGCUGCAGCCCCCCCAACACACACACACACACACACACACACACACCCACCCAGCACACGCUGACCGCAGGACGACUCCUCCACAAACUCUGUGCAGUGGCAUUGAAGAGGACACGGCCCGGAGGAGGGGAGGAUCAUGGGAAGGGGGUGGGGUCAGAAAGCAGUGUGUGCAGCGGGGCUCGGGAUCACAGUGACACUGGAGAGGAGGCGCAGAAGGAUGAACGCUGCGGAGCGCCCUCCCCUCGCUGACUCCGUGAUCCUCGGCCCGGUGAAGUCCACGGCUCCAAAGCAGCUCCGCAACACUCAGCCAGAAGGUUUCCACGGAGGCUGGAGGAACACGAGGAAUCAGACUGUGAUGUGCAGAAGAAAAAAAAAAACACAUGAAGGAAUCCAGAUGAUAGAAGAGCAGCGUGUGAGGUGUAUGUAUAAACAAAAAAAAACAACUAAAAAGGUGUGAAUGUGUGAGCGUAGCAAAGAUGUAGGUGCGUGUGCGUCUGAGUGUCACGACACUGGUGUCUGUGGAAAACCACUUGAAGUGCGCUCGUGGGUGCAUGAGUAUUUAAAGCAGGAUGUCAGGCGGGCUUUUGAAGAUGAAAAUGAAGAUUCAAGCACACAAUACCCCAUCAGCAAAAAUGGGAAAACGAAUAAAAAAAUGACAUGAAAGUACAUGAAAAAAGAAAAAAAUCAAAACAAUAGAAGAGAGAUCCCAAAUCCGCUGCUACCUCUAAUUUUAUCCUAAUUGUUGUUGUAAUGGUGACUUUGAGAGGUUAUUUUGAAAUUACUUCUAAUUCUGCAGUACUGAAACAUUGAAAAGCUCCAUAGACAUUUAUUGACUAACAUUUUCUGUACAUAAGGUAUAUAUUGUUAUCAAUUUUAUAAGCUUUAUUGAUAAUGUGAUAUCUUUGUAUUCACCAUCUGAAAGCAGUUUUGUUUUGUUUGUUUUUUUCCUCACGGCCGCAUUUAUAUAAAGACCACUAGGAGCCUCAUUUGUACCUUAAAGGACACACACACACUCCUUCAUUUCAGCUUUCUCACGUCAGUGUGACGGAGUGACUCAAUGACUGAAUGAACCCAGCAGUGCUGCUCAGUCGCUCCGCUUCAUUCAUCAACAUCACAAAAACGGUGGUGAUUGUAUAUUUUUAACAGCGUGGGUUAAUCCGUUUCAUAUGGCGUAUAUCCGUCGUCUUUUUCUUCUGGAAGAAGCUUCUGCAACAUGUCUGGUUUGUGUUUGUAGUAAAGGUCCCUUUUCUCCAUAAUGCUCCAACCACCAAACUGCCACAUGGCCUCAGUCCCCUGACGUUGCUCUGAAGACAGUGAGACGUGUUUCAUUGGUCCAAAGCGUGUGGCACAAGUGCAUCUAACAUGUCCAAAGUUAAUUUUCCUUUCUUAUUUUUAGUUUAACGGCAUCUUUUCUCUCUCUCAAUCUACCUUACACCUCCUAAUGUUCUCCUAAUGAGGGUUUGCCAGUUGGUGGAACACAGAAACAAAGAAACUGAGGUUUAGAAACUGAAUUUUAGAUCCAGCCUGGUGGAGGUUGCCGUGGUCGUUCAUCAUAAACACAGUUUGGCCUUUAGGAAACCUUUUGUUUAACUGUAAUUUAUGUUGGGAGAUGUUUCGCUGAGCGUGCAGGUCAUUUCCUCCUCUAUGCUUGUUCUCGCGUUGAGGUGCUGCCGCCUCGUUUCUUUUACGCACUUUUUGUUGUUGCUCUGCUCGUAGCUGCUCUGUUGUCCUGGCUCAGCAUCAGAGGGUUGCUCCCUCGGUUUCCAUGGCAUCUUCCCAUCCCCCCCCUCCACCCCACCCGCCCCAGCUGUCAGCAGGUCUUUCACCGUGCCGCCAUGUGGCCUCAGCGCUCAGCCAACACGGCUCUGUCUGUGGUGCGGCAGGGGCCAGGGCUCCUUUCAGCUGUCUCAUUCCUCCGGUGCUGGAUGACACUGGGCCCGGCCGGCCGUCUCCACCGGACCCAUAACUCACCGCCCGCCGCCGCUCUCCUGCCAGAGACCGUCCCGGCCAGGGGAUCCAGGGGAGGUCGGCUCGAGAACGCGCCUGCCUAACAGCACUGUGGUGUCACUUCAACCUGCCCUUGUGCAGCUGUAGUCUUCUCUAAGUGCCUUGCUCAAGGGCAGUCUGUCUAGAGGAAGUGAGCUGUCAGUAUGUGGACCGUGGGCCCAUCUUUGAUUGCGUUGGUCCUUGAUGAGGAGGAAUGCAGCGCAUGCCGGCCCCGGCCCCGCGCCGUCCCCCCUUCGCAGCUGCAGGCACCAGUCAGCCUGGACGCGUCGCCGGGCCCGGCGGGGAACCCGGCGUCGUUCCCCGAGGAGAGAGGGUGAGGAGGGGUCACAGCUGCGCUCCAUACCUCGACUUCCUCCGGCUGACGCGACCGAGGGCGGCCCUCACAACGCGCCUUUUUGUGGCUGCGUUCACCUCGGAGAGCAGCCUGCGGGCGGAGAAAGGCGGCGUUGUGUCAACGGACGGCGAGCGAGGGACUGCCGGUCCUGCAGGGUGGUCUCUGAAGGAAGCUCCGUGGACCCUCGGCCUGCGGCGGUUCUCAAACUUGUUUCCCUUUUAAGCAGCUUUUCUGAACACAGAGAGUUACAAUUCAUUACACCUUUCCAGACUUUCCUGAAAGUCCUACUGCGAACCUGAAACCUGCUCCGUGGAGAACACCUCCGCAGCGUCAGCUGAGGGUUGGGAGAGCAAUUCCUCCUCUCUUUUGUUCCAUAGCCUUUUCGUAAAGGCGCACGCCGGAUUCAAAAAAACCCUCAUCCUGUUUCCGCUGUCUCUUCCAUCUUUUACCUCAGUAAUAUUCAGUUUUUUUAUGAGCAGUAAAAAUAAUCUCAGUGCUUCUUUUUGUCACUUUGACAGCAGCGCAGUCAUCAACAAUCCCUCUGAAACCACCAGAAUUUAUUUUUGUAUUUGUCUAUCUGGCAGGUUUUUAUGUGAGCUUCAGCAUAACCUUAACAUUUUCAAACUAUCACCCUCUGUCCUGUUGUAGAGGAUUAUCAGUAUUCACCUCUCCAUGUUAUUUCAGUAUCUAAUGCACCACUAAUUUGCUGUGUAAAACCCAUUUAUUAUUAUGUUGUUAUUGGUUUUUUGUUUUUUU